GUCAGCUGCACCCCGCGCAGUCGCAGUUCGAGUCGUUUUCACGACGCUGAUUUUGCUGUCUUAGCCCAGUUACUGUACCGCUCUGUAUCGCCAGUGAGAGCUUACCAAUACGCGUUGCAGUGAUGUAGCACACAGAAUAAGGACUUUACCCUUCUGUGAACGGAUAACGUCAGCUAAUGCUCCUGUCCUCUCCGGGCCUGAGCACCGUUUCUGAAACUACCGCGGCUCCGUUCAUCAACACCGCUAGCUAGCCUCUCGCUAGCAAACACGGUGGCGUGAGUUUGCGAUGUGCUGCUGUUCGCUUGUCUCUCUCUCCCGUCUCGGCUAGCUAUCUAACUUAGCUGCCAGGCGGAUAACCUUAUUUGUGCGUGUGUGUGUGUGUGUGUGUCUGCGCGUCCGCGGUGCGGAGCCGAGCCGAGAAAUACACCGCCAUCCCCUGUCUUUAAUGCGGUUGUUGUUGCUGCUGUCAGGAGCCGAGCUAAGAUGUGGCAAAGUGUCGGGCUCACGCUGCUGGUCAUUGUGGCCACACUUGUCUGCGCGCUGCUCUUCAUGCUGUUUGGUUGGUAUGUAGUCUGGCAGCUCUUCCUGUCCAAGUUCAAGUUCCUGCGUGAGCUUGUUGGGGACGCUGGCACCCCGCAGGCUGAAACUCAACCGUCCGAAACCAAGAAUGAACGUGCCGCUAACGCCCCGACUCGUAAUCGGCCCAGGACUGCACGCCAAAGAGCCGCCCCUCUAGAAAGCACUUCAUAGGUCACCCGGACAGCCGCCGUGCGUCUUCACGUGAAACCUGUCGCGCCACGACUGCACGUCGGCCCUCUACAAACGUCGUGUGUGUGUGAUCAUCAGAGAUAUUUCCCCACUGACCCUGCGCUCUACACUACACAAGGACCUUGUGGACGCUCAGUAGUCAACCCUCAACAGGACACUUUAAACUGACCAGGCAGAUCUCCUGGUUUCAAAGGGAAAAGCCAUUUACGUACAUCGCUGUCCAUUUCUUUAUGUCCUCAUAAAUAUGUUGAAUUAUGUACAGUCGCAUGUACUGAGCAGUGAGUCGGGGGCUCCACGCACGGUCCUCCAGUCAUCCUGCAAUAGAGACGGCCAGCUUUUCGCGAGCGGCCGAGCUGCUUCCUGCCACCUCUGUGCAGUAUAAAGACGCUCCAACACACAAAGAGAUACGUUAAUUCUCUCAAAUAUGUGUGUUUUUUAGCAGAAGUUGGCAGAUAACUUUUUAACAAUGAGCUCCUCUGCAUCAUUUCAAAGAGAGCCACCGAAGAUAAACUCAAAAGCGAAACGAUGAUUUGUACAACUGACAACUUUAUUUUCUUUAGAACAUAACAAAGUGCAAUGAAAGGAAUGUUCAACCUGUCAUUUUGUUUUUUCUUGCGCAGUCUAGUGCUGCCUGUGUUAUGGACAACCAUCUGUGAGGUGAAACUCUCUCGCCCAGUAGAUGAUGCCCAAAGCCUCCGAGGAAGAUGAUAAAUUACGAGGCGUCAUUCCAGUCAUGUCAUAUACGUGAGCUUUUUCUUGCAGCUUCUCCUCCACCCUUUCUCUAGAUUUAUACUUGAAGAGUCAGGAGACGGUUUCAAGGAAAUGGCAGCCGGUGUUCAGAAGCAGCGCUACGCACAGCAAGCUGAAGCUCCGCAGCGACAAAAAACGAGGCUCCCUGCUGCAGGAAAACCUGCCCGAGCGAUGUCUGAGCUUCUCUCCCCCCGCUCCCCGUGCCUCUGUCAGUACCAGUGCCUGUCGCGAUGGUACCCGCUUUUUCGUUGCCCGGCCUCCUCUUGUAUAGCCAACAGAAGCGUCGUGUCCAUUGCAGGGCAAAUCAAAGCUGACCAGGGCCUAGUCAGUAUUUAUGUAUUACAGUUUCCCUCCAAGUACAACUCAUGUAAAUCUUGCACCUUUUUAUCAGCAAUGAUUUUUUUUUUUUUUUUCUUCAAAGGAGCAGUAGCUUCAAAUAAAUAAUGCCACGAAUAUGGUGAUCCCUGUCCUGU